ACUCCUUCCGCUCAGGUGACUCCAGUUUCCACUGGAGAGUCGGCUUGGGCUUUAGUCGCUGUUAGCAAGUGGCCAACGGUCGGAGUUAGCGCACUGCGAACGGACGUUUCUCCGCCUGAAAGCCCGUUUGUACGUUCAGUCAGAUCCGAGUGUAUACUUUGUUGAACCUUUGGGGAUUGUUGUUGUUCAUCACCAUGAAGAAGAUAAAAAGGCCCACAUCCUGACGUCCACUGUGGGGUCAAUGACGGACAGUCGCCGCGUCGGUGACUGACAUGGAUGCAAGUGACAUUAAGGAUGUGAAACUUUCCGCCGAAGUGGAACCGUUCAUCCCCCAGAGGAAAGGUCUCGAAGGAUCCCUGAUCAGCAUGAGUUUGUCUGGAGAGCUGGGAGGAGGAGGCGGUGGAGGCAUAGGAGGGGCUAGCGGAGGGGUGGAAACUACUCCUAUACCGAGUUACCUCAUCACCUGCUACCCUUUUGUUCAGGAGAACCAACCCAACAGGCAGCAGCAUCCAAUGUACAAUGGAGGGGACCUGCGCUGGCAUCAGCCUAACGCUGGCCCCGGUGGUCCCUACCUAGCAUACCCAAUCAUGUCUUCCCCUCAGCCACCUGUGUCCAAUGACUAUGCCUACUACCAGAUAAUGCCUGCCCCGUGCCCCCCCAUGAUGGGCUUCUACCAGCCAUUUCCUGGCACUUAUGCUGGGCCAGUGCAGCCUGGGGUUGUUAAUCCAGUCUCGGCAGAUAUUGGCGAAAGGCCUCUGCCUCUUGGGACGGCAUAUGGGAUAGCGAAUCACAGAGGGAGAGGCAUGCUCCGACCUAAUACACCAAAGCAACAUUUAGGUGUUUGCCAGCCAGCAAGGGGCCGCCGCCCCCCAAACAGGACUUUGGCUGUGCAGAAGGAUGUGUGCAACAUUGGUCAUGAUGGUUGGACAAAGAAAGUACUACUGGUGGAUGCAGCCCAGCAGACAGAUUUCCCAGGUGAGGUAUCCGGGCAUUUUUUUGGGGAGCCAGCCAAUCCACUACCGUGGAAGAACCGAACAAAGAGGCAAGGGGCAUCCAAUGCAGCCGAAACCUACAGCGAUCGGGGCAUCAGUGAAGCUGACAUAGAUAGUGACAGUGGAUACUGUAGCCCCAAACAUAAACAGGCAGCAGGAGGAACACCUCGAACAGCAGAGAACUCCGCAUCAUCCACAGGAGUUGAGACUGGUGUAAUGACAACAGGUACAUGGGUAAAUUUCCACAGAGCAGACCAGAGGAAGAAUACCGAACAGAGUAACAGCUCAACGGAUUUUCGCAGGGCCUGUCCUGGGCGUGGUCUUCCAAACCAGUCGGAACAAAGACAGCAGCCAGGACUGGUCACACGAGACGAGAUCACUCCAGAGCCCCUUUACUUUGAAGAUGAAGAUGAGAGGGAUGAGUUCCCAGACCUACCCACCGGAGGUGGUGUCCAGCGCUCCUCCAAAGCAGAAGCACCUCCAGCACAAACGCAAAUGCAGCCAAAACUGCAUAGAAAUCUGCUAGAAAACCUAGCAGACAACUCGCCGAUCAACAUUGUGCAGACACCAAUCCCGAUUACCGCAUCUGUUCCCAAGAAGGCCAAGAGCCAGAGGAAGAGGGCUUUGGCUGCUGCUAUGGCCACUGCUCAGGAAUACUCAGAGAUUAGUAUGGAGCAGCAAAAAUUACAGGAGGCUCUCACCAAAGCAGCUGGCAAGAAGAGCAAAACUCCUGUCACGCUGGAUUUAGGAGAUAUGCUGGCUGAUUUGGCUAAACAGCAGCUGGCAAUGAAGGCCAAGCAAAUCACCAACACCAAGCCGCUAUCUUUCGCAGUUGGAACAACUAUGCCAUUCCACAGUACAGGCAGCUUGGCAGCUAUGUUGAAGGGUCAUCCUCAACCACACUUGGGCUCCCCUAACAUUCUGGAUUCAACUGCACCGCGUAUAAAACGAGGGAAGGAGCGGGAGAUCCCUAAAGUCAAGCAACCAACACCUCUCAAAAAGAUUAUUCUUAAGGAGAGAGAAGACAAAAAAGUGAAAACAAGCAUGGCGCGAGAGUCACGUGGCCAAGAAGAGCAUGGGGAUGAUUGUUUACAUUUUACUGAAGAUCUUUCCCAGGAGCCUGUCUGUCAAGAAGAAAAUGGCCUGAGUGUCCCUAGUGACACAUCCCUUUCCCCAGCCAGCCAGAACUCGCCAUACAGCAUCACCCCUGUAUCACAGGGUUCUCCUUCGAGCUCCGGCAUCGGGAGUCCAAUGGCUUCAAACGCAAUCACAAUAAUCCACAGUCGCCGUUUCAGAGAGUACUGUAACCAAGUGCUGAGCAAGGAGAUCGACGAGAGCGUGACGCUCCUCCUCCAAGAGCUUGUCCGUUUCCAAGAACGUUUCUCCCAGGAGGACCCCAACAAGGCCAAGUCUAAACGCCGCCUCGUCAUGGGCCUACGGGAGGUCACCAAGCACAUGAAGCUGCGUAAGAUCAAGUGUGUCGUUAUCUCUCCCAACUGUGAAAAGAUCCAAGCCAAAGGUGGUUUGGAUGAAGCUCUGUACAAUGUAAUUGCUAUGGCAAGAGAGCAGGGGAUCCCGUUUGUGUUUGCUUUGGGCAGAAAAGCGCUCGGGCGCUGCGUCAACAAACUAGUGGCUGUUAGUGUGGUUGGCAUCUUCAACUAUUCUGGAGCUGAGCGUCUAUUUGACCACCUCGUGUCGCUAACAGAAGAGGCCAGGAAGGCCUACAAGGAAAUGGUGUCAUCUUUGGAGCAGGAGCAGGCAGAGGAGGCUUUGAAACACGUCAAAAAAGUGCCACACCACAUGGGGCAUUCGCGCAACCACUCUGCAGCGUCUGCUACCUCCUUUUGCUCCGUCAUCUCUGAGCCAAUCUCGGAGGUCAAUGAGAAGGAAUAUGAGACCAACUGGAGAAGUAUGGUUGAAAAUUCUGACAUGCCGGAGCCAACGGAGGCCGAAAGAAGUGGCCCCUCCCCUUCCGUUGCCCCCCACAGAGACAAUGAGACCCCGGCAGUCCCAACAAACGCUGUCCCACAGAAGGCGGCGCUCCCGACGCAGGCCCACGGCGAGCGGGAUGAGGUCCGUGCCGACGACCGCUUGGAGCUGGCCUCCCAGCAGAGCACCGAGACGGGCUCGCUGGAUGGCAGCUGCAGGGGCCCAUUGAACUCCUCCAUCACCUCCACCACCUCCACCCUGGUCCCCGGCAUGUUGGAGGAGGCAGAGGAGGAGGACGAGGAAGAGGAGGACUACACGCCCGGACCCAUUUCCAUGGAGGUGCCCACCCUCAACAGCCGCAUCGAGUCGUGGGUCUCAAAGACCCUGGAGAACAUGCAGCUGGGGAAGAGCCAAGACAGUACAGAGGAGGAGGAGGAGGAGGAGGAGGAUGAAGAGGAGGAGGAGGAUGAAGAAGAGGAGGAGGAUGAGGAGGAGAGAGCACAAAGCGAGGAUGAGGAAGGCCUUGUUUCAGACGCUAUUGCAAAUUGCAACUUGGAGAGCAAAGAGCAGGUGGAGGCCAAGGAGGUCCCGGCCUGACAUUGUCUCUCCUCCUCCCCGUCUUCCUCUUCCCUCCGGUCUCUGCCACAUGUUCUGAUCCCAUAAAACCAGCAGCUGUUCUUGCAUCUUCACCGCCUGACACCAGACCUAAUCUUGCAGCUACCCAGGGCCUGAUUUACUCCAUAUUUGCGUGUGCAUGGAAGCUGAUCGACUAACUGAUAACCAAUCUCUUCCAUUUAUGUGAAGCCAUAAACAAAAGUUAUCGCGGCGUAUUGUCUAUUCAGCAAUGCACUAUUGGAGCUUCUUAAUCUCAGACCUAAGUGUUCAUCGAAAUCGAGGCAGUGGUUCCUUUGCUGUCGGGCAAAAUCCUCGCAUCUCCUUACUUCUCAGCAAAUCCAAAAAACGCUACCUUACCUGAACACCACGCUGUUCAAGUUGCUAUUUUACUUUACUAUCACUAUUCUGCACAAUUGUGCACCAACACCAAUGACUGUUUAUAUGUAGUCAAAUCAAUAACCCGUUUAAAACUGGACUAUAGCUGUGUAAACAACUGCAAAAACAUGAAUAUGUUCAUAUUCCAUUUUUUUUAACCCAGAAAAAGACCGUUGGAAUUACUCCUUUACGAACCCAAAUAUUUGGUAGUAUCACAGCACUAUUGAAAUACCUCCGUUGAAAGGAACAUUGGUUUGUGUUCUGCGCAGGCUUUGUCCACAAGGAAUCGUGGGUAUUUUGAGUACAGGAAGUAUUGUUACGCACAGUGUCUGGCACGCAAUGCACACGGAAAGACAAACAUGGCGAUGAUGGUCAUGCGCCACCGUAGGUUAAAGGUGACCUGCUUUAUUUUAUUUUAUUUUAUAAUGUAUUUAUUUUUGGUGAAACUGAUAGGAUACUUAGGGUAAAGUGUACACUAACACAAAUAUAUAUAUAUAUAUAUAUUAAUAACACACACACACACACACUCACACUACCCCCCUCCCCCCAUUUCUCUCUACACCCCUCUGCGAUCGACUUGGGACCAGUUUAGAUGGAGAUUGAGAAUAUUCCAAAUGAUCAUGACAUGCCAUGUGUGAGACAUGUAAACGGCUUAUUUUGACUGUUUCAGAAACCGGAAUUUUGACAAUCUGAAUAUGAAUAUCAUAAUUUUACAUGCAUGUUAAAUUGCUCCAUGUAUAGCACUUUGUAUGCAGCAAUGGCUGUUUGAAAGUGCUCUAUAAAUACUCUUGACUUGAUUUGACUUGAAUGAACUUCUCACUACUGUCAUUUUGGCAUUUCCUUAAGAUAUCGCUCCAAUAAAAGUUAAUUUGAUAACGUAUCGCGACACAUUUUAGAAGUGGAACAUUUGGGUUCCUUUUGAUGCAGUCGCAUAUUCAAAUCAAAACUGAUUAUCUGAUACAAAUUCUUUUUUGUGACACCGCAAUCUGUUUUUGAUUUGGCUAGCAUCCAACUCCAUCCAUGCACAUCAAAGUCUGUCGCUCAAACCAACUUCUCAACUUCUCAGACAAAAAUCCUUUAAUACAUCACUCGUUAUUGUCUAAAUAAACUCUGAAUCUUGAGAGUAAAUAAUGACUCCUGCAGAGUGAGGGAAGCUAUGCUUCAAAAAAGUAGUUUUUCCCCACAUGCAUGAAAAUAACAAAUCUGCUGGGAACAAACAUUGGUUUGUGAAAAAUCUGAACUGGACCAUAUUUGGUCAUACGAGGCUUCCACCUGACAGCAAACGGUAUACGGUAAACGGUAUUACCAUACUUAACCGUACCGGAUUUAAAAAAAAAAGGUUUAAGGAAUUGUAACACAGAAUUUGAACAUUUUGAACCCCUCCAUAUCACUAGGGGUAGCCCACAUACUAACUACUACACUUUGAGAAUCACUGAUCUAAGUAAGGGCAGAUGUGGAGCAAGUCCGAAGAACGAGUCAUGGCAUAUUACCGAUGACAAAACUCUGAUCUAGAGAAACACAAUGUGACAAUUAGGUGCUGGUCCCUGCCACAGCAGUUUUAUGGUGUGAUGUUCCAAGUCUGAAGCGCUGUGUUCUGCAGAACGGCAGAUACAUCCAGUUCAUGAUCAGAGUGAGAUUCCUACACUUUGGUCGUGUGUUGGUUUGCCACCACCACUUUAUUUUGGGAGGUGGGGAGAAAGCCUUCUCCACCAAAAUGACUCCUUUUGUCAUUCUGAGUGAGCAAACAGGCAAUUUAGCGCGCACUAUUUGGCAUUUUAGUAAAUCAGGCCCCUAAUCUCAGGUGUCCGUCAGGACAGACCACUCGCAUGCCACGGAGACGGUCGAGGACCAGGCGGCAGCAGAUUCGUUAAAAAAAAAAAAAUGUGUUCAUCUUGUAACCUGCAACACUGUUGUAGGAACAAACCUUUUCCAUUUUCCCCUCAUCCCAAGUCAACAGUCUCCAUUUCUUGGAAGCAAGUGUGUGGAAACGUUUCAGAGAUCUGUGACUGCGGGGCUCCCGUCAUAAAAGCCCCGUAAUCGAGCACAGACCAUUUUACGUCUCGGUGUGGGUGUGUUGGUUUACAGGCACAUAGUUUAACAUUUACUUUGCUGUGUUCAUGAGCUUUACCUUUUUGUACAUAUUCCUGUGAGCACUUCCCCCUAACCUCGUUAAUCCACGAGGUUUGGAAUGAAGGAAAGAAGAUACUUUUUCAAAUUUAUCCUAUCGGUCUGUAAGAAGUGUUUUAUUUGAGUAAGUGGUUUCCCCCCAUUUUGCAUUCAGAUAAUGUAAGAGGAUUUAACUUCUAAGAAGCAAAACAGUGUCUGUGUACAGUACUGGGUUGUCAUAUUGAUCUUGCUGUGUUGCUGUCAGUGUUCCAUAUAAACUGUUGCAGUUCAUGCUUUAGUUUAGGCCUUUCCACUGAAGUAUUUUCGGGGAUGGGUAAUGUUUUGAUACACCGCAGUUAAUCUCAUUUGUAAUCCAUUCCAAAUUAGGAUGUUUCAUUCAAAAAGCAGUCAUACCAGUGUUGAAAUUGUCAGACUACAACUAUAACUAUCGAGAUCGCAAAGACCCUUGUUUACUAAAGCACGGCUCUCAUUCACACUACUAAUGGUAUUCCUUUUAAGGACAAAUGUACUCAGAGGUUUUCAUUGUUUAUUAAAAAAAACACUCCCCAAGCCGUUUUCACAUGUUAAAAGUACAAUUGAAUUAAAUCAGUUGUGCAGCUAAGUCACAAAUUUGGAUUCUGAAAGUAUUUGUAAAAGGUACUCUGUCCCUGUAAGCCUUUUUGUUGACACACCCAUCAAAGUGUUCAUUGACAACAAGCGUGCAUUUUUUUGCACUAUGUAUAUACAAUGGUAAAAAAAAAGAUGUCUUGUGAUUUACAAUGAGCAAAAAACAAAACGGUUCAAUGAAGUACUUUUUCAGUGUGUUCUAUGUCUUUAUAUGAAUAUUUAUGACGGUGUAGACUACAUCACUAGCAACAUUGUAAGAGGCUGUCUCUCAAAAUCCUUAAACUCUAUGGACUGCUGAUUAACAUCAUUAAAAUGUUGUUGAACAAUUCA